UAUACGACUCAUCAUGUACGCAUGGUGUUUUGGUUUUUGUCUUAGUCUGCAUAAUGUAUUACAAUUUUAUUCAAAUACGACCGAUUUUAUACAUUCUUGUCAACCGUUUAGGAAGUAUAAAGGAUCGUUUAAAACAGCAAAUUUGUGAAAGCAUUAGGAGUAAAUGACACUAAAUAUCUGUAGAAAAAGCACAUCAAUAUUUAUUAGUUUAAGUAAUUCAUUUAGGUGAAACGUUUAAUGUGACUGGUUGUAGUAUGCAAGACAUGAUUGCCUCAUCUGGCAUUGGAACUGGUAAUCUGCCUUGUUUGCAUACGUUAGAUAACGGACCGCGUGAAACACAGACAUGGAAGGCGGAUGAUAAACAUGUAUUGUCUUCAGAUCCGUGUAAUAAAAACAUACAUGUAUGUCAGGGAUACUUCUUGAAUAAAAAUAAUCACAGUUCCAAUGUACCAGUUGUAAAAGUACCAUGUAUCGAAGAAAACAGUCAUUUAAUUAUUCUGGAGGAGAAUACACGUGUAAAACAUACUGAAUUGAAAUCGUUAAAAGCUGGCUUAUUAAGAGGCAAGAAUGCUGGUUCGAAAUUGAAUAUAUGUAGCGUGGAAAGAAAAUCUACUCGAAUAUAUAGGAGCAUAUCUGAAUGGGCGCAUUUACAACCCCAGAUUUUGACGGUUACAGACACUGAUGAACCUUGUCCUACAUUUCGGAACUGGAUGCUUUACAAAAACAAUAACACGUGCAAAACAUCAUUGACCGAUAAACCAAUAUCGGAAAACUCUAUUGACCUUGAACUUGAUGAUGCAUCGAAUGAGUUUUUCAAAGAAGAUGAACGCAGCAGUUAUUCAAUUGACCCGCCAGAUGUUCAAUUGUUGAACACACCUCUAAAAUUAUCGUCUCUUAUCAAGAUUGAAAUGAAGCUAAAAAUACAAUGCCGGCGUGUACAAGAAGGACUCCCUGAAAUGCCACAUAUGCACGACAAUUUACGACAUCCAAUCGAGUUAUCUGACGAGGAAAAACAGCACCAACAACUACGUCUUAAUCGUGCACGACAGGCCUCUAAAACCUACAGACGGAAGUUUAAGAGUCGCGAAACAGAACUCAAAGAGGCAUUAAAAUGUGAGCUUCAGCAACGUACAAAACUUCAACAAGACAUAAAUCUUCUCAAGCAGACAAAAGACGCCCUCAACAAAAAAUUGCAAGGCCAUAAUUGCAAACACGUUAACAGAUCUGACUUCGAGGACGUAUAUUCGACUAUAAAUUCGUGAUUUCGUACAUGAUAUGUGUUCGUGACGGGAAAACAUAAUACGCGUGCUCCGUACUUCAACUAGUUGUUAAAUGUGGACAUUAUUAUUUGUAAUAUUUAAUUAGGAUAAGUGUAUAUGCUUACGUUAACGCUACUCCAUGCGUAUAACAUGAUGUUUAAUUUUGUUUUAUUACUCGUUAGUUUAUAUAUAGUGUUUUUUUUCAUGCUAUAUGUUUUCUAUUAAUUUUGGAUAUUAUACAAUGUUAUGUAUAUAAUAUAUACUGUUGUCGUUUA